GGAGUCCAGUAGAGCGCAUGCGCAGUAGGAGAUGAAGCUUCUCCGCUUUCUUUUCGGCAGCUGGCGUGAGGUUCUGGAAUUCCAACAUGGCAGUAGAUGUGGUCAGUAUUUCUAUGGUGGUCAGUCUCUCCAGCCCUGACUUGGAAGCAUUCCAGAACAUCACCGACUCGGAGUAGCCCUCAUCCCCCGUUCUCAGCAGCACAGCUGUACGCUGUCGCCGUUCUCCGGCGCCAAACAGUUUGGGGUUCCUGUCCGCUCAAAACACUAUUUAUUUGCACGUGGUGCGUGUCCUUCAUCUUAACCUCCUGGAAAGUCUUUCUCUACGCUUUUUGGAAAUCACUGAACCUUUCACUCCUUUCUGUCUCUCUCAAUCACCUUGCUGAUGUCAAGCAAUAUGAUCAGCGGUGUAUAUGGCGUGACCAUGCAGUGGAGCCCUGAGCAGUCCCAGUGGGCGGAGCAACACUAUGACAUCACCUCCACCACUCGUUCACCAGGGCAUAAGAUCGAAGCACUUAGGGAUCCAAGGCUAACAGGUUCGACCUCAGCUGCAGCAUAUCAACAUUCGUGGGCAAACGAUGACAUUUCAGCUCUGACCGCUUCUAACCUGCUCAAGAGGUAUGCAGAGAGAUAUUCUGCCAUUCUGGAUCUACCCUGUGAGAGUGGACUUAUGGGAUAUCCAGACACAGCCAUUUCCGUUAGCGUUAGGGGACCUGGUGUUGUGAAUAAUGGGCCGCCCCUUCUUAAUGGCCGGAAGGUGGAGGCAGAGCCUUGGCUGGAGAGUGUCUACCCUCCGUUAGGUUGCGUCCCUGAGCUUCUUCCCAAAGCACCACUCAGUGUGACGGAUAUGUCUGUCAGUGCGUGUAACUCACCGGUUAUAGGCAGCGGGAGUCUUCCGGAGCCUUGUUUCUCCAGCAUCAGUUGUAACGGUCAGACUGGGAAUCAGGAGUACAGCAGCACUCCCUACAGCACUCCCUUCCUGCAGCCUGUAGGCACUUACGGUGGCUCUCUUUUCCACCCUACCCCUUCCCAUGCCAGUCUGGUAUCAACCUACAAUGCUAACACCUCACCAAACCUAGCUGCAUACAGUUACCCUAACACACGUUACCCCUCACAGGCCAUUCUUCCUGCUGGCUACAGUCCUCCCCCUCCACCUUCAACGUACCUACCUGCAGGUAUAACUCCUCCUAACCCUCUUCCAGCUGUGGCAUACUCAUACCCAGCCACCAGUGUCUCUGAAAGUGAUGCCCCAAGUGCUAGCAGCCUUUCAAAAUCAUAUUACCCAUCAACUCAAAGCGAGAUUGGAGUGUUUGAGGAGUUUGAUUUUGGCGGCAACUCUAAUUCAGACUCUAGGUCUGAAGGCAGCCCCCUAUACAGACCUUCAGGAGACGAAGCGGUGGACAAGCAAAAUGGGUUCAACCGAUCGGCUGAUGUAACAUCUUCAUCCUUCAAGCCAGCUAAUCAUGGAGACUCUUUAAGAAGCUUGGAGACUCUCACGGUAGCUAUGAGCGGACGGAACAAUGGUACAUCCGGACAACACUUCCCAUCUACCUCAUCAUCUGUUGUCACUUCUCAUCAACAUCUCUGCCUUGACACAAACACACCUUGAGCGGUUGUGCUCACACUCAACCAGAAGUGCUUGAGCUGAUGAAGUGUGAGUGCUCCCCCUAGUGGAUUGGAGGUAGAGGGACUGGCUCAAAGCCAUAGUGUUAGGGUUCGAUGCAAGGGCCUCAAAAUACAGGUGCAGCAGGGUAAUUCUGCCCAGGAGGUCUCUACAUUGGACAGGAGGAGAUUAGUUUCUCCAUUCUGGAAAGAGGACAAUGAUGUUUAUGCACCUCCAAGCUGAGCUUAACAGGUCAUUGUGAGACACUGACCUCCUCACUCUGAUAGGAAUGGACAGACCAAUAUAUCCUCCAUGACGGACACAUAUAUCUGAGAGGGAUGGAAAGAGUUUGCGCCUUCAUUCCGAUAGAUAGGAGAGUACAUCAAGCGAAUUUAUAUGUCUAAUGGAUGUGUUGUGGCUGCAUUGGGGACAAGGAGUAACGGUAACAGAUGUGGUGAUUGGACACUAGCUUCGGUUGACCAUAUUGCCAUGGUGUACAUUCUGAGUGUGUGUGUGUUUGUGGCCUUGUAAUGGUUAUUUAUGUGGUGAGCUUUAAUAGUAAAUCCUGUUGCCCUUUUUCCACAAGAGAACUGACAAAUCCUGAUUGUUUAAAGAAUCCAUGUGUGAGUUUGAGUGUGAGAGAUAGAUAAAACCUCAGGAAAGUGUCUGUCAGAUAAAUGGCAUAUGCCUGUGUGUCUAACAGAGAAGAAGAGGGCGUUUUCACAUACCGUUCUUAGGAAAAACCCAAUUCAGUUGACUUGAAACCAGGUGGUCCAAAGCAAAAUGUUUUUUGUCUGUUGAUAAGUUUGUAUGCACUUUUGCUGCAUUUUAAGAGAGGAUACAAGAUCAUUCUAUGAAAAAUUAUGCAAAAAGUCUUUGCAGUUCUUUAGGUUCUUAAAACUGCUGCGUGUAGUUUUUUUUUCCAGUGAGAAAUUACAUUCUCCUUUUAAUAUGCAGAGAUAAGAGUCAGUUAUUUAUAUGUUUACUUACCAAAAAAUGUAAACACUGCGGUUCCGUGGCACUUUGUUUGAGUGUCCCAACUGAUCAACACUGGCUUAACGAUUGGUGUGUAUUUGGCGGCGGAACUUUCAUUUGUCCGACCAAUGUCAAGUGGAGGGGAAUGUUUGAAUUAAAAAUCAUUAUUUUUAUAAUUCCAAACAAAAUUCCAAACUGCAGCUUUAAAACGUGCUGUUUGAUUCAAAAUGUGUAGUAGAUAACAGUAAUUAUCAGUCACAGUGCUGUUCUGUGUUUUCCUCCAAUUUCUGUUGUUGUCUCAAAAAAUGUUGUAGACUAUCUUGAAAAAUAAGCAUACUGAGUGAAACAUUACUGCAGACAUAAAAACAAAUGGAAUUCAGACUAUUCCGGCCACUUCCUUAGACCGUCUUGGCCUGCAUGGCCACCAAAAAUAAAACAUAGCCUUAAGGGCCAAGUGUGAAAAUGCUCAGCGAGAAGGAGAGCACAUGACUUUGCAUGUUUGUCUUCACUUAAAGUUUUGUGCAUUUUUAAAAAUAGUGUUGAGUUUACUUUAUCCCAAGCACUGGAAAAAGGUUUGGCUGACCUCACUACAAAUCUUUCUGUUUACUUCCUUUUCCUUCUUUGUGAACCCCACCAAAGGGAAUUAAGAUAUUAUAUUUAUUUAUGAAAGUCAAUCACCAAAGCAGCUGAGUGGGAGCCAAAUGACAAGGAAAUGUUCAGCCAAAAUCACUCCCUCUGUGUGAAUACUUUUUUUGUCAGUUUUAUUUCUGUUCAGUUUCAUUGCAGGAGGGUGAAUUGGCUUUGUGGAAGGACAAAUGGAAGGAAUUCAUUGAAAAGGCUGCUUAAAGAUCCAUCAGGUCAAAAUUGAAUUGUGAAUUGAACCAAAUCGGCUGAACUGAACGAACAAACCUCAAUCAUGAUGAUGAAUCGCACUCAGCAAUGGAGCGCAUCAUUGUUUCGGUGAUAUUACUGUGUUAUCACAUGCUCAGUCUGUUCAUAACUUUCCUGUUGACAGCAAACUUUAAAACUAAAAUGUGAGAGUUAUUUAAGUUAUUGUAUAGUUUUCAAAUGAUUAGGACAUACAGUUAACAAUUUUCCUUACACAACUACACACAUUUAUCAUUGUCUAGAUAAAAGCACAGGCAGUCUUUAACCGUUUUUUUUUUUCAGCUGUUUGCCAAAAGUGCCGUUUAUAUUUCUUUAUUUUUAAAGAGAAAUGUUUUCUUCCACAUCACGUGUUUUUUUUUUUUUUUUCGUUUUCGUGUUUUAUUCUCUCUGCAGCUUUUCUGUUUUUGUUUUGAUCAUUUUGAAAUUUAGGAGAAUUAUUAAAUUAUCAAUAUCACAUCAGUUCUUGAUCUGUCGUUUUAUUAAAAGGUCUGUAGCAUUCUAUGCAAAACUCUGUUCCUAAACCUAGUGAGCACACACUUGACACGGCGGCUAUUCUGAGCUAUGUAUUUUUUUGUGGUUAUGAAGUUGUGGAAGUUGUUAGCUUAGCAGCAUGCUAACAUCACUAUCUGUGUUAGUUGAGUCUCUUUACAUUCCGACUCUGAGUGUUUCUGAUGAGUCAUUUGAGGUUCCAUAAUUAUUAGGAUGUUGCCUAUGUAGGCAGCCAGGCUUCUCACUAGGAUUUGGAACAGAGAUAUUUGUCCACAACUUUCCAACAAAAGAUUUGACUGUAAUUAAAAAAAAUGUUGUAAGAAUCCUUAAGAUAAACCCAAACCCCUCUUAUUCUGUAAUUUUUUUAACUAUAUGUCUACAGAAUGUGAUGUAAACAAACUGAAGUAAUGGGUUCUCAAAUUAUCUUUGCAUAGAGCAGAAAUGAAAAUAUGAGACAUAGAAUGAGAGAAUGUUGAAAACUGUACAUCAUAAGCAUAUCAUAAAGUUUAUUACCACUUUUACAUCCAUAAACAAAAAACCUUGGCCAGAAACCUCUGAAAUCCUGUAGUGUUUGCAGUAAUGGUGCACUAAACUCUCUAAAGGUGAUUUGCUGUAUACACCAAGACUUUGGACAGCGGUGUUUCUGAGUGUGGUAUUUCUGAGUGCUGGGAUUGGUGUUAAAGGUGCAUUACAACCACACAUGAUGUUUCACUGUGUUAAUACCACAGUUACGUAGUGGUUAGUGACUCCUUUCUGCAUUUAAAAAUACUGCAUUUUACAGCAUAUGUUCUCAAUAUAUAAAAUACAGUUACAUUUAGAACUGAGUUGUGAGUUAUUGCAGUCAAAAAGAGAGAGCUUGUGUUGCCAUAUUUUCAAUCGACUCUAUUGUGUUUGUUUUCAUGACUUUUGGAGUAUUGUAAACAAUUUGCUAAUUAAAUAUGUUUAUCUUAA